AUGAAGUGGGUAACAUUCAUUUCUUUUAUUUUCUUGGUAAGUUCUACUGAAUCAAAACACCUGCCCAGAAGAUCCCGGGAUGUAGGGCCACGUGACACCAUCGGGCACAGCUACUCUGAAAUACCAGAUGAGGAUUUUAAAGGCAUUGCCCUUGUCUCAUUUGUUCACUAUGUGCCAAAUAUCACAUACGAAGAUGUGGAAAAAAUGGUAGAACACAUCACAGAGCUUGGGAAGAAAUGUGCAGCUGAUGAACACGCAGUGCCAGAAUGCGCAAUGCAUUUUGAUGUUCUUAUCUGGAAAGGACUUUGUCACGAACAAAGUGUUGCUGAACAUUAUGGAUUUUCUGAGUGUUGUGGUAAAGUUGAUCAUGAAAGAAAUGAAUGUUUGUUGUCCCAUCGAAACGCAACUCCAGGAUCCUUUCCCCCGUACGAACGCCCAGAGGCUGAAGCUGGCUGCAAAGCAUUUCAGGACAACAGACUCGAAGUUCUGGGCCAUUUCCUAUUUGAGAUUGCCAGGAGGUCCAGCGAUACAAGUAUCCUCGUUCUUUUUCACACCGUGGCGGAAUAUGAGGAGGUGCUGGUAGCCUGCUGCCAGGCAGAGGACAAGGCUGCCUGUUUCAACGAAAAGGCACCAGCUGUCAAAAAACAAAUGAAGCAAUACAUUCUGGUGGAGAAGCAUAACUGUUUGCUCCUGAAGAAGUUUGGAUCCAAACACCUUCAAACUUUGAAAUUUGUUCAGGCAGCCCAGAAAUUCCCCAAAGCUGAGCUUUCUGUCCUGCACAAUAUUAGUCGAGAGAUUGUUCACAUUCAUGAGGAGCGCUGCCACGGGGACACGCUGGAGAGUUACAUUGAUCAGAUAGCCCUGAGCAAGUUCGUCUGCGGACACCAAGAUAUAAUAUCCCCCAAAGUGAAAGGGUGCUGCGAAGGGGUGCUGCUGGAGCGACCCUUCUGUCUCGUGACUAUGGACAAUGAUGACCCACCGGCAGAUCUGUCCCCAACAGUCCGGGAGUUUGUGGAUAACAAAGAAGUGUGCCAGCACUUUGCGGAGAACCACGAUGGUCAUCUGGAACGGUUUUCGUACGAGUAUGCACGGAGACACCAAGAAUUGUCACCUCAGUCACUCCUAAGAAUUCAGAAAGGGUACCAUGAUUUGCUGGGGAAGUGCUGCCAACUUGAGAGUCCUGUAGAGUGCCUCUCUGAAGGGGAAGCUCAGCUCAGAAAACACGUUGCUGACACCCUGGAAGUGAUAAGGACCAACUGUGAACUUUAUGCAAACCUGGGAGACUACAAAUUCCAAAACUUGCUUCUCGUCCGCUACACCAAGAAAGCCCCACAGCUGCCCUUUACUGAACUGUACCAGUACUCAGGUCAUCUGCUUGCCGUUGCUGCCAAGUGUUGCCCACUGGCUGAUGAUAAAAAGAUGAACUGUGCUGAAGGAUAUACGGACCUUGUGUUGGGAAGUAUAUGUCUGCGACAUCAAGAACACGCCAUAAACCCCAAAAUCUGCCAGUGCUGCAGUAGCGACUACGCUUUCCGGCGGGAAUGCUUCAGUGGCAUAGAAGUAGAUGACGGAUACGUUCCUGCCCCCUGCGAUCCAGAAUUAUUCACCCUCCACGAGGAUUUGUGCACAGCUAAUGCAGAUGUGGAGAAAGAGAAGCGCAAGUUGCUUGUCAACUUAGUUAAAUGCAAGCCGACCAUCACAGACGAACAACUGAAGGCUGUUACCACUGAUUUUUAUGGAGUAGCAGGCAAAUGCUGCCAAACUGAAAACCACGAGCAAUGCUUUCACGAAGAGGGGCCAAAACUGGUUCAACGGACUCAAGCUGCUUUGAGCUGAAAAGUAGACAGCCGCGGACCAAGUCGAGUCCACCACAACAACACUGCACGGCCGCUUGCCUAUCA